GCAAACACGGUCGCUGGUGAUGGCAAGGCGAAGAAGGCACCACGACGACAGCAGCGUCACCAACGACCACGAUGAUGGUGGUGGUGAUGAUGUGAAGAAGGCAAAGCAAAGUGGUCGAGGGUGCUGUGAUGGAAUGGUGCUGGUGUGCGACAUGGACUCGACGCUGGUGGAGCGACCGCAGAGCGGACUGUACCCGACGCUCAAGGAAUCCCCGUGCUAUGAACCCGUGCUGCAGUGGCUGCGGGAUGGCGGGUGCAUCCUGCUCAACACAACAGCGCACACGCGCGCGCGCCGACAGUUCUGGGACCACAUCCCGCCGCAGUACCGUCGCGCUGGGCAGGUGGCAAUGGCAACCUGCACCGGCGCUGCCUUUGUGACGGGGCACUGCGACAGCGGCGACAUCGUGUACAGCAAGGACUACAUCAGAUCGGCCGUGAGCGGCGGGACGUGUCUCACACCACAGCAGGUAGCUUUUGUGAAGCCUCGGAUCCUGGCCAUCCUCCGCAAGCUGUACACCGACAUGGCUGCAGAUCCAGCGCUCAUCCACCUCCUCAGCGACAAGUAUCAGGAGCCGUUUUCCCGCUUGUGUGCGCGCAUCGCAGAGCACCCUGGCGGCGCCGACGCCGUCGUCACGGAAGAGCUCAUCACCACGCCAGGCGCCGUGCUGUGCGACACCAACGAGGUGCUUUUCUCCUGCUCCUCGGUCCCUGAUGCCGCUGCCAUCGCUAUCGCUGAACUCGAGAGCGGCAAAGACGGCAGCUGUAGCAGUGACAACAGCAACAGCAGCAGCAACAACAACAAUGACAGCAGCAGCAGCGGCAACGGCAACGACAACAACAACAACAGUAACGGCAGCAGCAGCAGCAGCACUGACAGCCGCCGCCAGCAUCUGGAGAAGAGUAGUGACGCUAACGCUGGCGUGUACCCGUCGUCGAUGACACUGAUGGGCGUACCACGUGCGGUGGCAGACAAGUACUUUGGUGAUCUGCAGCGCCUGUGCGCGCAGCACGGCAUUGAGGUGUCUUUUGCACCAAAUAGCGUGUGGUUCUUCAAGCUGGGCGUGAACAAGGCCACCCCCAUCGGCUGGCUGCGCCGCAGUCGCCACGGCGCCCAUAUCGGGUGUGUGGACCGCGCAGAUUGCAGCAAUGGAGGAAGCAGUGGCUGCUGUGGGGUGGGUAGCCAUGGUUGCGAUGGUGAGCACGGCUGUUGUGAGAGUGGCUGUUGUGAAGCGACGAGCACAGCCGACGUUCGGCAGCAGCAAACAGACGGCAGCGGUGAUUGUGACGAUGGUGGUGAUUGUGGUGAUGGCUCGGGUGUGUCGCCGUACCGGUUCUGUACGCGGCCGCUGGACGUGCGGCGAGCGCUGGCGAUUGGCGAUGCCCCCAGUGGCAACGACGGACCCAUGGCAGAGUUUAGGCGAGAUGGUAUGGAGUUUGUGUCGUGCGCGGGGCGCGUGGAGGAGGUGCCUGAGGACUUGCGUGCGCUGCAUGUUGGUGGGAAGGAGGCGGGAACGGCGGCGUUCGUAUCCGCGCUCAAGCACCAGCUGCAGAAGGAGCAGGGAGAGGCGGGUGAAGGUGGUGGGGAUACUGUGUUGUUGGCGGCGGCGGCUGCUCGCGCCGUCAACGCGCUUCGCAAGCAUUGACACGUGUGCAUGUUUGUGCCUGUGUGUGCCUGUGUGUGCCUGUGUCUGUGUCUGCCUGUAUCUGUGUGUGUGUGUGUGUGUGUAUGUGUGUGUGUGUGUGCGUGUGUGUGUGUGUGUGUGUGUGUGUGUGUGUG